AUGUACGGUGACCUCGGCGUCAAAUUGGCCCAGCAUGCCAAGCGAACGCAGAACCUGGCGCACCUGCCCCCGUACCAGACCGAGAUUGUGCGCGCCGUGACGCGCGAGGUGCGCGACCUGGAAAAGGACGUGACCGACCUGCUGGAGCCGUUCCGGGGCUCGUUCGACCCGGCCGCGGACCAGGCGGUGGCGUGCACGCUGCUGGUGAACCACCUGUCGAUGCGGCGCAACAAGCGGUGCCUGCUGGCGUACCACCGCACACGGACGGACAAGCUCGAGGAGCUCGUCUGGAACGGCUCCGACGUGGCGGACCUGUCGGGGCAGCAGGUGCGCGACCCCGGCAGCGGCGGAGGCGGCAGCGGCGGGCUGCCGGUGGCGGCGGGCGAAGGGUCGACGAGCAGCCUGAGCCCCCAGGAGGAGGACUACGUGCGCCAGUACAGCGACCUGCUGGCGGCGUACAAGGGCCAGUGGACGGAUAUUGAUCUCACGGGGAGCCUGCAGCCGCCGCGAGACUUGUUUAUAGAUGUGCGUGUCCUCAAGGACGCGGGCGAGAUACAGACGGAAUACGGCGCGAUAAACUUGACAAAAAAUAGUCAAUUCUACGUCAGGCAGGGUGAUGUAGAAAGGCUGAUUGCGCAAGGGUAUUUACAAAAGCUCGACUAG